AUGGAGGGCUCUGGAGGACUGCAUGUACAGUUGUGUGGUUAUGCUAGAAAGCAAGAGAUGGCAUCUUAUCUAUUAAACUAUCAACUGAAUGACUUCUGGUCAUGGAUAAGCAAGAGCUGGGUCAGCUCCCAGAUCGGUAGGCUUCAGGGCUUAGGGUCCAGGGCUAGGGCGCAAGCAUCUACCUACAUAAACCACUGUAUUCUUGCUGACGCCACGAGCUUCGCCAGGGCUCCUCGCUCUUGUCCCGGUUCCCUGACUGCUUCGUCUUACAAGCUGCCAGAGGCAGACAUUCCUGUUCCACGAACAAAAGACCUUUACGCUGAUCCUUCUGUUAACCGCUCAAUCACAAUGGCAGAAGCGGACGCACUUCGCGAGUUCGACCCGGAUGGAGACGUCAUCCUUGUCUUGAAGAAUCCCAACACAGCCUUCGCUGUCUGGGAUAAAAGCAAAGAUUACAAGCAACCAUCUCAGCCAUUUUCCACGCUAGCGAACUCGAGUACCCAAUCCGCAAAUCCUUCUUCUACGCAGAAAACACCUUCCCAACCUACCCAACCGGCCGCACCGGCUCCAAGCAAGAACGACACCCAGACGGCUUCAGACGAGCCCUCAAACAAAAAGGAGGAGAUACAAAUGAAAGUCUCAUCGCACCACUUGACCCUGGCUUCACCGUACUUCAAGGCAAUGCUCAAAGGCGCUUGGAAAGAAGGCGAGGAUCUCCGUCGUGAUGGCUCUGUGCAAAUUUAUGAAGAGGGAUGGGACCCCGAGGCUCUCACGAUCGUCAUGAAUAUCAUCCACUGUCACUUCCGAAAAGUUCCUCGACAGGUCAGCCACGACAUGCUCGCCAAGAUCAUUGCUAUAGUGGACUACUACAAAUGCAUCGAAGUAAUUGAGCCGUUUUCAGAAAGGUGGAUCGAUCAGCUGAAAGGGAGACUUGCCUCAACGCCAGAAUUGCGAAGCAUCGUUCUCUGGGUCUGGAUUUCUUGGAUGCUCCGCCUGAAGGAAGACUUUAAAAUAGCUACGCUCCUUGCCUCCAAGCAUAACCGGGGACCACUCCAGACACUUGGACUGCCAAUUCCAGAGGCCGUAAUUGACGAGAUCGAGGAACAGAGACAGCAAUUCAUCGAACGCCUUCUAGACUCCCUUCACGAUCUCGUCGACAAAAUACGCACGGGCAAGCACAAGACGUAUGCCUGCUCAAAAAACAUUGAGUGUGAUUCGAUUCUUCUUGGUGCCCUUAUCAAGGAGAUGGAUGCGCGACAUCUGUCUCCACGGCCAUGCGCACCGUUUCUGGGCUUAAGCUACGCCGAAACUGCCAAAAAGGUUUCCAAAAUCAGAUCGCCAGAAUGGUGUACUAAUAAUGGCCAUCGUUGUCAAACACAUUCUUGUAGUCUUCAAUCUAUUAUUCUGAGCAACAAUAUCAUCGAGUCAUACAAUAGUGUGAAGCGCCUGGAGCUAGAUGACUUUUUGCCUGAGGAUGAGGAGGAUGAUGUAUCUCUCUUUAGCGAAGAAUGCCAGGAGACGUGA